CGAGCGAGCGGGCGGGCGGGCUGGCUCAGCGCUCCCCCAUGGCCCUGGCGCCGGGUCAGCGAGCACGGUAGCCGCCUCCGGCUGUCGCCGCGGGUGAGUCAGAGCUGCCCAGGGAGGGCGGGCUGGACAUGAGCCUCACCGCCAGGCUCCGAGCAGCGGCCGGAGACUGAGCCACAAAGGAGUUUCCCCGGCGGCGCGGCGUUCCCCCAUGCACGCCCCCGGCCGCCGGCCCUGGGGCGCUGCCCGGCAGGCGCCCGGCGCCGACCCCGCCAUGGAGCCCCGCGCGGGGCUGCACAGCAGCCCGGACCUCAGCCGGGCCAAGCGGCUGAGCGUGGGGGAGCUCCGCUCCCUCUUCGAGGCUCGCUGCGCCGCCGUCGCCGCCGCAGCCGCCCGGCAGCUGCCCGACCCGGCGAAGAGGGGCUGCCGGCCCCCCAAUGGGGUGCUGCCGCCCGUCAUCCCGCGGCUCACCGUCACCGCCGAGGAGAGCGAGGAGGCGCAGGGCAGCCCCCAGGCGCAGCCGCCGCACCCGGAGAGCGGCUGGCUGAGGACGGACAGCUCGCUGCACCUGCAGUCCCGCAGGCUUUCCACCUCCUCGCUCUCCUCCACCGGCUCCUCGUCCCUCCUGGAGGACUCGGAGGACGACGUGCUGAGCGACACGGAGGGCAGGAGCCAGGGCAUCGUGCACCUGGAGCACGGCGAGGACACCAACCAGAAAAAGGCGUGGCAUACAAUUAAAACCAUGGUUAACUUGCCAGUCAUCAGCCCCUUCAAGAAACGCUACUCAUGGGUGCAGCUGGCUGGGCAUACAGGGAGUUUCAAGGCAGCUGAUAGUGGGAAGAUUCUCAAACGCUUCUCAGAGAAUGAAAAGGAGUGUUUUGAGCGAUUGAUGAAAGACCCACUACGCUCCUGUGUCCCUUGCUUCCAUGGUGUGGUGGAGAGAGAUGGCGAGAGCUACAUUCAGCUGGAUGACUUGCUUACUGAUUUUGAAGGGCCUUGUGUGAUGGACUGCAAGAUGGGGAUCAGGACAUACCUGGAGGAAGAGUUGACUAAGGCCCGUGAGAAACCAAAGCUGCGUAAGGACAUGUACAAGAAAAUGAUUGAAGUGGAUCCUCUUGCUCCCACAGCUGAAGAGAAUGCCCAGCAUGCUGUCACCAAACCCCGAUACAUGCAGUGGAGGGAAACCAUCAGCUCUAGUGCCAACCUGGGCUUCAGGAUUGAAGGGAUUAAGAAGGCAGAUGGAACAUGUAACACAAACUUCAAAACUACGAAGACACAGGAGCAAGUUCUACAGGUUUUUGUGGAAUUCAUUGAGGGCAACACAACUAUUCUGAAAAAAUACCUCAGGCGUCUGCAGGAAAUUCAUAUCACUCUUGAAUCCUCAGACUUCUUCAAGCGACAUGAGGUUGUUGGAAGUUCACUACUUUUUGUACAUGAUGGCAGUGGGAAUGCCAAUGUCUGGCUGAUCGAUUUUGGAAAGACCACUCUUCUCCCUGAUGGGCAGACACUGGAUCACAGGAUCCCCUGGCAAGAAGGCAACAGGGAGGAUGGGUACUUGUUGGGGUUGGACAAUUUGAUUGGCAUCUUGGAAAGCAUCACUGAAAGAUGAGUUGAGAUUGGCACAAAACUUGCAGGGCUUGUCUGUAACUUUCUGCUCUACUGGGAUCACUCAGAAAGAAACCUUUAACUCCCUCCAAACUCCUGAGGUCAUCAGUGCAGAGGGAGCUGCAUCCAGAACCCAGCAGUUAGUGAUCAAAAUGACUUUGCAUCAGCCCUCUAUGAACCUAAAUAACUCCAGAUCGGUCUGUAUUGCACCAGCCUAACUUCAGACUGGUCCUCAGAGAAUGAAGAUCUCCAUACUCAGGAAUCACACCAGCAUGAGUCAAGAGGUCUACAUGGUAAACCAAAAUGACUUUCAUUUCUGGCAAAUGGAUGGGACUCCAGAUUACCUCUUAGUAAACCAGAGCAAGUGCUUGGGGAUUCAGGGUAGGAAUAACAAUUUUUCAGGGAACUGCAUAGUUUUGAAACCAGCAAGAGUGGUUUUUUCUCCCCUAAUUCCAAGUUUCCUUGCUCCUGUGUACACCGUAGGUUGGACCAACAACUUCUGCUGCAUUGUGUUACAGUGUGCACAAGGUGGAAAUGGGUGAUAAUCACAAGAAACCUGGAGGAAAGGUAGACAGCGAUUUGUAGUGGCUGGAUGUGGUAACUGCUGUUGACCAUUCUUCCUCUUCCCUACCCUAGCCUCGAUUCACUUCUGUCCAAGAACAGCCUUUGCUUUUUAUGUAGCCUCUCAGGAGAUUACAAAUACUCUAGGGAGAGAAUAGCAGCCUAUUGUCUCCAAAAACUUUUGACUUUCAGACUGGGUGGGCUGUUGGAAAAGUGCCUAGCUUGGCAAGUUUGGCCUCUUGCAGCUGAACUGCAGUUCUGAAAAUCAGUAAUGACUCUUUCGCACGCGGACCAGGGAACUAAGGGUUUUUUCCAAGGUUUGUUUAUUUUUUAAGAUAAAACCCCUGUACACGUGCACACACAUGCACGCACUAGUAGCCAGCAACCACUGUGAUCUCUUAAGGUCAUGGUUUGACUGUCUCCUAAUGCAUGUGACUUCUUAGCCAUGUUCCUGUUCCCAAAUACAAUGCUGCCACUUAAGUGUGUAGACUGGUGCAGUGAUCAGGAAGGUAAUGUUUCUCCAUUCACAGCACUACACUAAUGAUGAGAUAAUUCCCAGGCAUCCUUCCUCCAUGGUAUCAGCUGUUAACUCAGGGCAGUUUGGGGGAAGGAAUGUCACUAUAUCACAUCCCUGAGUCCCCAUCUGGAAUCACAGGGCCACCUGUGGUUCAUUUUUCUUUUGCUGUGGCCCAGGCACAGCCACAGAAAAUUCACAGUGUUUUGGUGAAAAUCAAGAAAGACUGAUGUGAUUUCUUGUAAUAACUUCACAUACCUUCUCUGUUGGUUGCCUCUAGUCACUUGAACAGUUCUUUAAAUACUAGCAGUAUAAAUACUAUCAGUAUUCACGUGUUCACUAGCAUUCCAGGUUUUAACAUUAAUAAUGUGAUGAUGCAGUUUUCAAAAUGAGGAACAAGACUUAUAUUACUAUUUGAUUGUUAAUCGCCCUUUCAACAUCUAAAGCUAGUAAUGCACAUUGAUCAGAAAUUGCUGUCUUUUCCUGGUGUCCUGUGCUCAGGAGAGAUUCUGAGAACUUUAGGAUGUAUGAAGGUGACUCUAUGCUUUGGGAAACUGCUAUUUCAAUAAUAAUCAUGAUCAUGAGCCAAAAAAGACUGUAGAGUUUGGAUCUGGAAUGAAAUCUAGCUAUAACAAUUGUAAUUAGAAUUGGAGAGCCUAAAAUAAUUUCUAAAAGGAGUUCUUUUAGAUAACACACUACCGUACUAAGAGAUCGGUCAGAUUUAAUGAGUUUUUCAUCAUCUCUAAACAAAACAGCAGUAUUAAAAAUUCAAGCUUAGUUGUUACCUAAAAGAUGACAUAGAGUGGGUAUUCUGUAGGAAGUAAUAACACUUGGAAACAUUUAAUCCUAAAACAGCAGUUGUUUGAAACUGGUAAUUAUUUCUGCAGUUCAGACUACUUCUGUGGCCUCCCAGAGUCCCUCUCAGUUUUAUUUUCAUGAUAGUAUGUUAAUGAGUUUUCCACUUGGAUGUUUCAGAGAGUUUACACCUUUUUUUUAAGUGACAGCAAGCCUUCAAUAGAGUGCACAGAUAUUAUCAUUCCAGAUGCCUCCUAACUUUUGAACUGCUAUGAGAUGAGAAAUUAAUCUGUGGUGAAUUCCAUACAAUUUAAAAAAAAAAAAAAAAAGUCGUCUUCCUCCUUUCCUGCAGCCAGCAGGUAAGCCAUUGGUUAGCAGUGCUUAAGGAGAAUAGGAAGUAAAUAGGUCUCACGGAGGAGGACUUUAAUAACAAUACCUUUUCUAUGAGACUGCAUUGCAAGCAGUCCUACUAUAAUAAAAUUAGAAAAUUUAGAAAUGAGACUGUUAAGGUGAUAGAAUUCAUUAGUAGUUUGCCUAAUUAGUCUUCAGAGUUAAAUUUCUUUCUUGUGUUACCACAUAUGUGAAUCUUUUGCACUUAUUUUCUAGAGGGGAGAUUUAGAGGGUAAAAGUUGAUGCUCAAAUGUCAGGUGAGAAUUUGAGACAAACUUCUGGAAUGACUGUCCACUUCUGAAGGGGAACUAGAAGCAAUGUGGUACCAGUAGCUUCAAAAAAACCAACUGCUGCUAGCACCUGGAUGUUUUGCAGUACGUGGUCUUGGGGGGGGAAACGCAGAGAAUAAUCCAUUCCUCUGCAGUAGUUGAAAAGGUCAGGGAAAAAAGAAAAACCUCUGCUAUAGCAGACCUUGGUCUGCAAACUCAUUCUACAUGAUACAUAGUUCUAGCAAGUUAGUUUUGAAAUGGCCCUUUGGCUUGCUAAGGGCUUAGAAGGGAAGAAGCCACAAUUGGCUGCUGCUGUUCUGGGGAAGGAGAAAAGGAGGCAGCUUUUCAUUGGCAACCUGCAAGUGUAGGACCGCAAUGGAGCCUGUCUGUGUAUGCUCACUUGCUAGUGUGAGGAAGCAGUAUUGCUGCCUUUCAUGAUGGAGUAAGUUGCCUUGAAUAAGCUUAUAUUUACUAGAGAGUCAACAGGAUGCCUUUGCACAGGCAUGUAAUAUAGAUGAGUUGAUGCAUGAUAACCAAGGUACUUGUUCACAAACAAGUCCAGAAUGUAGUUCUUUAAUGCCCCUGCUGAGAUACUGCCUCACUCCGGAGACACCAAGAGCACGUGUUUCCACAGCAUGGUAAGAUAUGCUGGUCCAGAGGCACUUUGGUGCUGAACAGCUAACCUCUGACUUGGGCACCAGGGUCUUUAAACUCACUAGUUAGAUGGAGCAAUGCUUCCUGCUGUAGCUGCUGCAUUCCUGUGUGAAUCUAGCAGUAGGACUUCUCUCCCUCAACUUUGUCAGUGACUUGGGUUUUUUUGGCCUUGGACAACUAGCCUAGGCCUCAAGUUUUUUCCCACUUCACAGAUGGGAGUAGUACCUACUUACCUCACAGGAAUGGUGUGAGGCUGUCCUUCGUUAUUGCUUGCAAGAUGCUGUGAGACUCUUUGGAGGAAGGUGCAAUAUAGAAAGAAAUGCACAAGGAAAGAGAUACAUCAGCUAAAUUUAAAAAUGAUGAGUGUUGGGGCCCCACAAGGAUAUAAAUUUGGAUGAAAUUUAACCAAAGUGGUAAAAAUCAAAUCCCUCUUAAUUUUACACAGGGGGGGAAUUCACUUAACAUCUGAUCCAGUUCCUGUUAUAGGGAAAGAUUUCAAUGGGAGUUGGACCAAACCCUUAAGUAUCUCAGAGGGCUCUUGCUAUUUUUUUUUUAAAUUGGUGGUGUUAUUAUUUGUUAUUCUUAAGGUACUGAGAUCAAAUGGCCUGUAUCAUCCACAUGCAUCCGUUCUGAACACUACAAUGCAAUGCUGACCAUGGUCACAUUUGACAUUGACUGUACUGGUUGAGUGUUUGUUACUUUGAAGUGUGUAUGCUACUAAAUAAAUGAGACUGAAGGAAAAAACACA